UUAAAGCAGUCCCAGUUCGGACGGACCAUCGCCCAUAACCGUGAGAAUGUGAUCAAGGUGCAUUUUAUUAGUAAACCAACAAUAAAUAUGAAAAUUAACUAGUUAGUCAUUUGUCGUGUGCUAUCUGAUCGGUAAUGGCGUAUUUGUGGUUACUUUUGUGCGUUACAAUUGCAGUUUUUGAUUGUUAUAAAACAGAAAACUGUGGAGUCAACGAGCAAUGGACCGUUUGCCCUACACCAUGUGGAGAAUAUUGUCCAGCCAGUAAAUCCAGUAUAACAGAUGAGGUCCUAUGUGUGACCCCUGAGGCGUGCCCAGAAGACGCUUGCCAGUGCAUCUUCAACUACCGCCGAUUAAGUAACGGGACUUGUGUGCCGACUCAACAAUGUCCUCCAGUGGACUGCGCCAGCCCCAACGAGUACUUCGACCCAUGCCCACCCCUGUGUCCUACCGACGACUGCUCCAACGCGACCCCUGACGGACUCUGUGUCCAACUGCCCUUCAUAAAUAUUGUCCUACCCUGCGCUCCGAGGUGCCGCUGUGUCAAAGGCUACUGGAGAAAGAACGGAGACUGUGUUCCUUAUAGAUUGUGUUAUUUGCGACACUUAUUAGGCCCAAGUCACCGCCCGUUCAUUGUGGACGAGCACUCACUGCAAAACCUUCACCACUUACCACCUACCACCCCACAUAAUGUUGCCAAACCCUUGAGAUGUAACCGACCAAAUGAAGUAGCAGCUUGCGUUUAUUCAUGUCCACCCGAAAGAACUUGCCGUAAUAGAGGUAUUUACUUUAGUUGCCGUAACAAAGGAGAUUGUCAGGAAGAGUGCCGAUGCAAAGAUGGAUAUUUCAGGAAUCCAUUGGGAGACUGCAUCACUGGAAACGAAUGUGAUAUGUGUCCAGGUGAUAAUGAGUUUUUCUCAUGUGGACAGGAAUGUGACAAUGUUUGUACAGAACUUAAAAUGCAAAAUCGGACCAACUGUCCUAUUGAUAACAUAGUAUGCAACAAAAAAUGCUAUUGUGAGGAUGGAUUCGCGAGAGACGAAAACAAGAAAUGUGUACCGAUGGAAAAAUGCUCUGAACAAGGCAACAUUCUUGCACGAGUUGAACGUGAAGUGCACCAUGAAAAAUGUAGUCAAAAUGAGGAAUACGUCAGCUGCAAGAGAUCAUGUCCGCCAGAGACCUGCUUAUCAUUAGUAGCAAAGUUCAAAUGCAACGCUAACGAGCCCUGCAGACCCAGGUGUGCCUGCAAGAAGGGUUUCCUCAGACACAAUACCGGGGAACCCUGCGAGCCUGUGCGGCAGUGCCCGGAGCUCGUACACUCUCCGGAUUUCAAUAAAUAAAUAUUGAUACUAUUAA